AUGGCAAGUCAGUGGAACCAGCAAAGGGAAUGGGAGUUGGCAAAAGUGAGGAUGUUGAUGGAUGACUUUGAUAGGGACAUCUUUUUGGAUGAGACAGGUGACUUCAAAUCCACUAAUCCAGAUGUGAAAGCUGUUAUCCAGUGUGAUGAUGCUAAUCAUCUGGGAAAUGCUGCCCAGAAGCAACAACAUGACAAUCUAGAAACAAUUCACGGCUUCAACACAGAAGAUUUGAUUGAGCUUCAGAAUAUUAAACUGAUAGAUGACAUUCCAAAGCCUUCAGAGAUCCAAGUAGACAAAAAUACUGUUAGUUCAAAUAUUAGACCUACUGGACCGCAGCCGCGAAAUGAAGAACGAAUGAGUCGUCCAGCAGACACAUACAGAGAACACAAGUACCAUGCCAAAAACUUCAGAGGUGCAGGACAGCCAACCAGGCAACCUCUGCAGCAGCAAAGAAUCCCUCAGGCUCAGGGUUUAAUCAGCAGACCUCCACCACCAUUCCAAGUACCUUACUGGUCACCCACACGGCCACCACCACCAUUCUGUAACCGGUCUCAGUUUCCUGCUGCUCCGCCACUUGUAAAUCCUAACUUGGGGUACAGAUAUCCUCAUCGUGGAUCUUUUCAGAAUGGCCCAGUAUCUACCAGAGCUGUCAACCCACAGAACUUUCAGAGGGCAUCGAGACCUAAUGGUCAGAGAUUCCAUUCAGCUACUAAAAGUUUUCAUUCGACAAAUGAGUUUCAAAAAUACAAAUAA